GUCGAUUUCCUUUUGCGUGCGGUGGAAGCAUCAGGAAGCGUCGUAGUAGAGCAUAUUUCGGGUUCUUGUACGCGCGAUCUGCGUCUGCUCGCAGACUAUCAGCCUCACGAGUUUCGCGAAGUCAUCCGCUCUUGUGCAAGACCUGACAUGGUCGUGAAGAAUAUGACGUCGUAUCGCAGCCACGGUGACUCAAAAGCGUGGAUCGAGAGCUUCACGAACCUUGACUGUGCAGGUUUUUCGUGGUCUUGUUCUUCUGGGAACGCAGGAGACGAUGCUGGCGCUACUUAUGCUUCAGAUCAGAAAACGUCAAAAGCGCUAGCUUCAGCAGAACUUCUGGAAGAGUUGAUACUAGCCGCCGUUCGUUGCGACGGUAGCUUGCUCAAGUACGCGGGAGACUUCCGCGAUGAUGCGGAAACCGUGGUGACCGCGACUAAGAAUUGUGUAACUGCUUAUUCUAUGGCGUCGGACCGUUUGCGUGGUGACGUUCGCUUUGUGUAUCGACUGCUGCGCGCAGGUCGCUCUCUUCAACAGCACGAGUGGUUGGAUGAGGACGGCGAUGUUAUCACAUUCGCGCCCUUGAGGCAAGAACGCACGUGGCGCUUUCUCGACUAUUUCACAGGAUGGCAGAAGUUGCAAGAAGAGGCACCAGAGGAAGCUUUCGCUUUAGCUCACAUAGCGUUGGAGCGAGGCUACCGCUUGAGGAAUUUACCGCUCGUUGAGCUCCGGGACGACCCGACCCUUCAAGAGGUGGAUCGUCUCUACGCGCACCACGUAAUGGGACCCUUCUUAGUGCUCGACAAGAAAACAAGUAUACACGACAUCAUGGACGGGCUGAACCCUGCGGAGCAGCGUGCCGGAACCUACGAAGGAUUUUUGGAAAUACUUGACAUAAAGGGUUUACGAGCUCCACCGAUUCCGGAACAAGACGAUGAAUCGAUAGGCGUUUGAGGAUGUCGCUUGUGCCCCGCAAGAUUCACAGCUUUUCGCUAGAAGUAACGAGUGCACUUUUCGCUAGAAGUAACGAAUGCACUCGGGAUCUGAUCAUCGUGAUGGGUCGAAGAAGGAAGUCGACUGACGACUCAAGGAUUUUUGAGUGACCCUGCAGCAACCAUGGCUGCAGAGGCUGUGCGUACUUAUUGAAACUCGCUGCUCGGCAAUUCCUCUGCGCUGUUGUUGUUGAGAGCGCUAUUUAUAGAAUAUUUGGCCACUCCCUCUGAAGAUCAGGAUAUUCUGAUGACUCCGCACGAAACAACGUGCGGCCCCGAUAGCCUUAAGAAGACCGCUGCUACAUGCCGUCGGAAGGUAGUCUACUUCCGAUACAUUCAAUCAUGCUGUGGCAUUUGACCAGCGUCACCCUGAAGGGGGUAUGGAAACCCCUUCGUCCUAUCGAGUUUGCCGCGCUUCGGACGGCUUUCGCGAAGGAGCUUUCAUAGCUAUGAAGGACGAACGGAAACAUCAUAGCAGGAUCUGAUACAGAAAAAUAACACCGUUCAUUAGCCUUCUAAGGCGACCACACGGCGUGAAACCGUACUACCCCCGCGACGGGCGACACCGUAAAAGAAUAGAGGAUGCAGGCUUGUUGCGUCCUCUCUUUUCUUUCAGGAUUUCGGUUUCGGUUGGUGUUUGUAACCGAUUUGCGGUCACACACAGGUUGCACAGUCUUUAGGCCAGGCUGCAAUCACCGCAGGCAACAUUGUUUUGCCUCGCUUGUGGUCAGGAGCAUCCACUUACGAUACAUUGAUGACGAAAGUAAGUAAUCUGGAUGAUCAUGGAGGCGGAAAGUACAAGCAAUAACAAAAGAAUGCAAAAGAACAAGUGGGACCAAACUCUUGUUGGUGCGGAAGGCGAGCCGGGAUAUGAUUUUUUCUCGAA